ACCCCGGCAGCGGCGGCCGCUGCAGGAAAUCGGGGCUGGGCCCCGCUGGCGCCGGCGCGCGAUUCCAUCCCAAUCCCCGUCCCAGCCGAGCGAUCCUAGGGCCGGACCAUGGACUCAACAGAGCCGGGGCUACCCUCAGCUCCUGAGAGCAGGAAGAGGUACAGUGAUAUCUUCCGGAGCCUGGACAACCUCGAGAUCUCACUCGGGAAUGUGACCCUUGAGACGCUGGCUGGAGACCCUGUGCUUUCAGAAGACCCAGAACCUGACAAGACCCCCACAGCCACUUUGACGAGUGAAACCAACCGUUGGAGUGGUCCCUCCCCAGAGGAUCCUGCACCCCUUACAGGGGAGGAACUGGACUUGCGGCUCAUUCGGACCAAGGGGGGUGUGGAUGCAGCCCUGGAGUAUGCUAAGACCUGGAGCCGCUACGCCAAGGAGCUGCUGGCCUGGACUGAGAAGAGAGCCAGCCAUGAGCUGGAGUUUGCCAAAAACAUCAUGAAGAUUGCUGAGGCGGGAAAGGUGUCCAUCCACCAGCAGAGCCACAUGCCACUGCAGUACAUCUACACCCUGUUCCUGGAGCACGACCUCAGCCUGGGAGCCCUGGCCAUGGAGACAGUGGCCCAGCAGAAAAGAGACUACUACCAGCCCCUGGCUGCCAAACGGACUGAGAUUGAGAAGUGGCGGAAGGAGUUUAAAGAGCAGUGGAUGAAAGAGCAGAAGCGGAUGAACGAGGCGGUGCAGGCACUGCGGCGGGCCCAGCUCCAGUAUGUGCAGCGUAGCGAGGACCUGCGGGUGCGCUCCCAGGCGUCCCCCGAAGACCCGGCCCCCCAGGCCCAGCCGGGACCCAACAAGCAGCAGGAGCGAAGGAGGCGCUCGCGAGAGGAUGCCCAGGCCAAGGCGCAGGAGGCCGAGGCGCUGUACCAGGCCUGCGUCCGCGAGGCCAAUGCGCGGCAGCAGGACCUGGAGGCCGCCAAGCAGCGGAUCGUAUCACACGUGCGCAAACUGGUGCUGCAGGGGGACGAAGUGCUGAGGCGGGUGACCCUGGGAUUGUUCGGGCUGCGAGGGGCUCAGGCAGAACGCGGCCCCCGCGCCUUCGCCGCCCUGGCCGAGUGCUGCGCGCCCUUUGAGCCGGGCCAGCGAUACCAGGAGUUCGUGAGGGCGCUGCGGCCCGACGCCCCGCCGCUCUUGCCGCCAGUCUUCUCUUUCCAGGAGUUCACGCACAGCUGGGUCCCCAGGAGCGGGGUCAGUUCCCCUCUGGACACAAGAAAGAAGCUCUCUGGAGCCCCACCUCCACCGCUGGAUGAGAGUGCAGCUGAGCCAGGCCCUUGGGAGGACACUGGCACAGGCUGGCAGGGAACUCUGGGCCCCACUCUGGCCGGUGAUGUGGACAGCAUGGGUGGUGGCAGCGAGCCUCGGUCCCAGGACUCUCCCUCUUCCAGCCCAGGCUCUGGCACGAGGCGGCUGGUGAAGGUCUCGUCCACAGGCACCGAAUCUUCAGAUGACUUGGAGGAGCGAGACCCUGACCUGGGAGAUGGACUGGAGAACGGGCCAGGCACCCCGUUCAAGAAGUGGACACUGUCCAACGCGGCCCAGACUCACCGGCUGCGGCGGCUGCGGGGCCCAGCCAAGUGCCGAGAGUGCGAGGCUUUCAUGGUCAGCGGAACCGAGUGCGAGGAGUGCUUUCUGACCUGCCACAAGCGCUGCCUCGAGACUCUACUGAUCCUUUGCGGACAUAAGCGGCUCCCAGCCCGGACCCCCCUCUUUGGGGUCAACUUCCUGCAACUGCCCAGGGACUUCCCGGAGGAGGUGCCCCUUGUGAUCACCAGGUGCACCACCGAGAUAGAACAGCGCGCCCUGAGUGUGCAGGGCAUUUAUAGGGUCAGCGGGUCCCGGGUCCGCGUGGAACGGCUGUGCCAGGCUUUUGAGAACGGCCGAGCGUUGGUUGACCUGUCAGGGAACUCGCCUCACGAUGUCUCGAGUGUUCUCAAGCGAUUCCUCCAGGAGCUCACUGACCCCGUGGUCCCCUUCCACCUCUACGAUGCCUUCAUCUCUCUGGCUAAGACCCUGCAUGCAGACCCUGGGCACGACCCUGGGACCCCCAGCCCCAGCCCUGAGGUUAUCCGCUCGCUGAAGACCCUCUUGGUGCAGCUGCCUGACUCUAACUACAACACCCUGCGGCACCUGGUGGCCCAUCUAUUCAGGGUGGCUGCACAGUAUGAGGAGAACAAGAUGUCUGCCAACAACCUGGGCAUUGUGUUUGGGCCGACACUGUUGCGGCUGCCGGACGGUCCAGGGGUAGCCAGUGCCGGCCCUGUCAUCUGCCUGCUAGACUCCGUGCACCAGGCCCAGCUCAUCGAGUUCCUCAUUGUACACUAUGAGCAGAUCUUCGGGACUGGACCUCAGCCUGCCCUGGACGCCCUGCCCAUAUCCCUAGCCUUGGACCCCAACCCAGACACCAUGCCCCUUAGUGCCCUGGAGAAGCAUCCUGAGACCACACCCACAGAGAUUCCAACUCUGCAGAGGGACCAGGAAGAGGAAGUAACCAAAGACACCAAAAAUGAGGGAGAGGAAGUGUCCAGCCAAAGCCCUGAGGACUCACCCCUGGGGACACAGUCCCGUGGCCACUUCAGCCGCCAGCCAGUGAAGUAUCCCCGGGGGGGUGUACGGCCUGUCACCCACCAGCUGUCCUGCUUGGCCCUGGUGGCUUCCAAAUUGUGCGAGGAGACCCCUGUCACAUCAGUGCCCCAAGGGAGCUUGCGGAGGCCAAGACAUGGCCCUGCCGCCACCUCCCGUGAGGGCAGCCCUCUGCGCCGCACCCCACUGCCCAAGCAUUUUGAGAUUACACAGGAGACGGCCCGGCUACUCUCCAAGCUGCACAACGAGUCUGUGCCCAAGGCCACCUGCUGCCCAGGCACCCAGCCUGAGGAAGCUGAGGACCAUUUCUGACUAUCCCAGCACUCUGACCAAGAAGCCCAGGACUGAGAAGAUGGGCCCAACAUCCCAGGAGUUCAAUGGUGGGGUGUCUGGAGAGUUCCUAUGGGGAAAGACUACAUGGCUAGGGGAGAACUAAAACCCUUCAGCAGCAAUGUACCAGGAUUUCCCCCCCCACUAGACACAGGUCAAUGUCAAGCGACAGGGCCACUCAGGUUCAGAGGUCACUCAGGGUCAAUACAGAUCAUGGGGUCCUUGAGGUCCACCCUAGUCUCUGACCCCUGGGAUAGGGGUGCUUUUUGCUACUUUGGUUGUUGCCACUCCCCCAUCUCUGUCUGCUUCCUUAGCUGAUCCCAAGUGACCAGAUAUUGGAGGGUGUGGGCAACCCAGACUCAACAUCCUGCCUGGGGUCUGGUGGUCUCGGA